ACGGCAGCCCUCUUGAGUUUUAAACCGUCUCCGACCCCCGCUGCGCCCUCAUCCGACGGACGAGAAGAGCUCCUUCCUGCUGCCGCCCCGCGCCGAGCCUCGUCGACCGCUAGAUCGUGGCCGCACCGGAGCUGUCCAUUUGCCCGCCGAGUCCGCCGGUCGGAAACGGCCACCGGGUCCAGGCGGCGAGCAGCCCCCUUUGUCGUGGUGAGGCCGUCGAGCUGGAGGAAAAAAGAGGCGCCGGAUUCUUUUGCGGAGAUUUGUGGUGUGACCUCAUGGAUGCCAAGGCGAGGCCGGAGAAGCCCAUUGAUGAAGCGAUUAAGACAUUGAAGAUCGACCCUACGUCAAAAGCCAGCAGUAUGACCAUGUUAUCUUUUUAGUCCGGACCAAAAGCUUCAAGCUUGUCUGAUGCAACAUCCUACAUCUCAUCGGGAGAUGCAACAAGCAGUAUCAAGGAAAGCGAGGUUUAUCAAGAUGUAUCCGUCGAUGAUCAGGGCAUGUAUUACUAUGGUUAUUAUUAUCCAGGGUCUCAUGGUGCCAUGGGGGAUUGGGAUAAUUCAUGUUGCAACCAUGGAACAGAUAAUGUUCAAGUAGAGUAUCCUACCAUUCAAGCUGAUAAUGGAUCAAUGGUAUACUAUUUCCCAGGAUUUCAAACUGGAUAUAGCAACUAUGGUUCAUUUUCACCUGGACCAUAUGGUGUUGAUGGACAGUUUUGGGGGCAAGGCUCAUAUUAUCCAAGUCCAGUGUCUCCUCAAACAGCUGUUUCUCCAGGAAUUUUUCCCCAUCCAAUUGCUUAUGGACCUGAGCUGAUUCCUGCAUACCAAUGGGAUCCAUAUUUUUUCUUCCAAGAUGAGAUUCAAGGGAGCACAUUUACUUUGGAUCCAACAAAUUCACAUUAUAAACGGAAUCAUUCAUCCCAUGGUUAUAACUUUCCUCCUGCCAAAACAUCAACAACUUCAAAAGUGGCCUCGCUAGCAUCUGAUUUGUCAUAUCCUGUAUCAACUCAAAACCAAACACAGAAAUCUGUGAAGAAGGCACCUGCUGCUGCUCUAUCAAAAGGUUUUGUUCCCGUAAAUAAAUUCAGUUCAUAUGCUAACCAAACGAAGGGUGCAUUGCUUUAUCCAAGCAGUGCAAUUCCUGUGAAAGAAAAGAAUUGUAGCUUGGUUGAUGAGGAGAAGCUGAAAGCCAGAAAUAAACUAAAUAGCCUUGCUGAUCUUGACUUGCUGAAUGAGCAAAACCGUGGUCCUAGAACAAAUAGCAGCAAAACUACCUCCCACUCUGGCAAUAAUCUUCAAGAAAUUCUUAAUAUCGAGAAGAAUGAUAAUAACAGUGGAUCGAUUGCUCUUACUAACAGCGAUGAAUACAAUUCUCCUGAUUUUAUCACUGAGUAUGAGAAAGCUUUGUUCUUUGUAAUAAAAUCAUACAGCGAAGAUGAUGUUCAUAAAAGUAUAAAAUACAAUGUCUGGGCAAGCACUCCAAAUGGGAACAAAAGGCUAGACAAUGCCUUCCAAGCUGCACAAGAAAAGAAUGUGGAAAAGGGUGGAAAGUGUCCUGUGUUUCUCUUCUUUUCUGUUAAUGCUAGUGGUCAGUUCUGUGGUGUUGCGGAAAUGACAGGCCGAGUUGAUUUCAGUAAAAAUAUGGACUUUUGGCAACAGGACAAAUGGAAUGGCUUUUUCCCGGUUAAGUGGCAUAUAAUUAAAGAUGUUCCAAAUCCACAACUUCGUCAUAUAAUUUUGGAGAAUAAUGAGAACAAGCCUGUCACAAACAGCAGGGAUACACAAGAGGUCAAGUUUCCACAAGGUACUGAAAUGUUAAACAUUUUCAAGAGUUAUUGUCCUAAAACAUCCAUAUUGGAUGACUUCGGCUUUUAUGAGAAUCGCCAAAAAGCAAUGCAAGAGAAGAGGAACAAGCCUGGUAGUCCAAAUUUGGAUAAUUCUCUGGCCCAAACUGUCGAAUCAACUCAAUUCCAGAGGCUAGUUGACUCAAAUGCCAAAUUGCAUAAACUCGUGCCAAUUGAGGCGAAGGAAGCACUCCCGUGCUCCAUGGUCACUUCACCAAAGUGAACAUGGAAAGGAAACCACCUGUUUAUGUGGGCUGGAGAACUACAACCGUGCUCCUUCAAGGCUGAAAGUAAUUUGUUCGUGCCGUUUGGAUUAUCAACAACGCCUCAAUUCAAGAUGGAAAUAACUGUCAAAAAAAUCUGAAAAAGGAAAACAAGAAUCUAAGGGAGUACUUGUCCCAUGAACAAAGGUAACAAUGACUGGGAAGAGCCACGUCGUACUCAGUAUUGCCAAUUCAAGGGCAAAUGAUUUCAUCGAUGCAAAGUGAUCGUGGAGGUGAUAGAUGAAAUGUCGGUAGGGUGGCUGCUUGGGAGCAAAGUUGUGUUCUCCAAACUUUAAAUUUGGAAGAAACAGGAAAAUGAUCAACUAAACAAGGUUUAAGAUUCACUGUAAACCUUGUAUUUGUCACAAGUUAUACUGAACUAACAGUGAAUUCUUAAUGAUAUCAAUUGCUAGCUGUUAUCUCGACAUGUUUGAGCAUAUAUGAGGGCAAAAUUUUGCUCUCAAUAGAUAUUAUUAGUAGUUUCCUGUGUUGGAUAUAAGUGAUAUGAAUG